AUGAGUGAACUUGAACAAUUAGAGUACUUCUGUAGAGAACUAUAUACAACUAAUGAUCCAGAAUUACGUAGUCAAGCAGAAAAAGCUUGUUCUUCUUUAUGUGAACGAGCUGAUUGUCCUUCUAUAUGCCAAUUGCUUUUACAACACUCUACUUCAUGUUAUUCACAAAUUAUUGCUGCUACAGCUUUAACUAAAUAUGUUUCUAAUCGUGAUGCAAUCAUUUCACAUACAUCACGUUUAGCUAUACGAGAUUUCGCGUUAAAUUAUCUUGCUGCACAUGUUGGUUUAGAGAAAUUUGUACAACAAGCAUUGAUUACACUUAUUUGUCGUCUAACAAAAUUAGGUUGGUUAGAUUCAGUGGUUAAUGGUGGUAACGUUGGAUUUUGUGAUAUAUUGGAUUGUGCAACAAAGUUUAUUGAGUGUGGUCAAACAAGUAAAAUCCUCACUGGAGUACAAAUACUCAAUAAUUUAGUUUCAGAAAUGAAUAAUGAUUGUGAGUCUGAUGUUACACGUGCAAUUUUCUUACAACGUAAACGAUCUGCAUCAUUUCGUGAUGUAUUACUUUUGCCUAUAUUUCGACUUAGUUUAAAUUUAUUACGAGAUGCUGAUCAAAGUUUCAAUUCAUUAGAUUUGUCUAAUCCUGAACAACAUGGAUUAUUAUAUCAAAGUUUACAAUUGGUGUAUGCUUGCCUUUCAUAUGAUUUCAUUGGAACAUCAUCAAGUCAAGUGAAUAGUACUGUAUGUGAUGUCUCCUCUUCUACAACAUCAUCAUCAUCAUUACUGAAUGGGUUAGAUGAUUUAGUGGUGGUACAAAUUCCUACAAGUUGGCGUCAAAUAUUUAUUGAUUGUGAAACUGUACCAUUAUUUUUUCGUUUAUAUCAACGUUUAUCACCGGAUUUAUGUGUUUUUGCGCUUUCUUGUCUUGUUCAAAUAUCAAGUAUACGACGUUCAUUAUUUACAAAUGCAGAAAGAUCUGUUUUCCUAUCACAAAUUGUUUCUGGUUGUCGUGAUAUUUUAUUAUCGGUUAAUAAUAAUAAUAGUAAUACAAAUACUACCACUACUACUACUCCUGCUACUCCUAACCUCAUUGGUUCUCCACAUAAUCCAAUUUCUAAUACAACAACUACAACUACUACUACUAACAACCAUCAUCAUAAUAGUAGUAGUAUGAAUAGUCCAUCGUGUAAUUUAAUUCAUAAUCCUGAAGCAUAUCAUGAAUUUUGUUUGCUACUUUCUAGAUUAAAAUGUAAUUAUCAAUUAAAUGAAUUAGUUGCUUUAAAUGAUUAUCCAUCGUUUAUUGAAUUACUUACAAUGUUCACAGUGAAUAGUUUAAAAGAAUAUACAAAUGAAACAAGCCAAAAUAGUUUACAUUAUUUAUUAGCAUUAUGGCAACGUUUAGUUGCUAGUAUCCCGUAUGUACAUGCUUCGGAGACACAUUUACUGCAUAAUGUUACACCACAAAUUAUCAGCGCCUAUAUUGAAACACGUUUAAAUUCUAUACCGAAAUAUAUGAAUGAUACCCAAUUGAAUAUUACUCGUGAAUCAUUACGUGCUGAGAAGAAAUUGAAAAAAAAUUUCUCGAAUAAUAAUGACAACAACUACUACUAUAAUAAUAAUAAUAAUAAUAGUAAUAUUUUGACAAAAUCAUUGAAUCAACAUCAAAAUGAUAAUGAGGACGAUGAUAAAAUCGAUAAUGAUAAUAUUAAUAAUAUUAAUAAUAAUCAUAAUCAUUUUAAUUCAAUGAUUACUAAUAAUUCUAAAAUACAACUAUUAUCAGUAGUAAAUGAUUCCGAUAAUGAAUGCCUUCUGGAUGAUUGGAUUACAUUAUCACAACAAUUAGAUCAAGAAGGAAGGGUUAGAAACGAUGCUACACCACAAAUUAUCAAUGCAUACAUUGAAACACGUUUAAAUUCUAUACCGAAAUAUAUGAAUGAUACCCAAUUGAAUAUUACCCGUGAAUCAUUACGUGCUGAGAAGAAAUUGAAAACAAAAUUCUCGAAUAAUAAUGACAACAACUACUACUAUAAUAAUAAUAAUAAUAAUAAUAGUAAUAUUUUAACAAAAUCAUUGAAUCAACAUCAAAAUAAUAAUGAGGACGAUGAUAAAAUCGAUCAUGAUAAUAUUAAUAAUAUUAAUAAUAAUAAUAAUCAUUUUAAUUCAAUGAUUACAAAUAAUUCUAAAAUACUACUAUUAUCAGUAGUAAAUGAUUCCGAUAAUGAAUGCCUUCUGGAUGAUUGGAUUACAUUAUCACAACAAUUAGAUCAGUUUGGAACUAUUGGACGUUGCGUGUAUGAUAAAACAUGCAAUGAUAUUAUUCUGUUAUUUGAUGAAUAUGCUAGUAGUUUAGAAAAAGCAUUCAAUAUAAUCACUACAAAUAAUCUCACCAUGAAUGAUCAUCAUUUAGGACAAAUUUUACGCUUAGAAGAACAUCGUCUAGCAUGGCUUGUUUAUAUGGUUGGUGCACUCAUUGGCGGUCGCCUGUCUUAUGCUAAUGAAGAUGAAUGUGAUGGUGAAUUAGUUUGUCGUGUCAUACAAUUAACACGUUUAAUUACAAAUUUUAUCACAUCCGCAUCGUCAAUAACCACCAAUCAUACGAAUAUUGCACUGAUUACUACUACUACUACUAUUCAAUCACCAAGUAUGAUACGAUUGGAAUUAGCUGUACUCAGUUUUUUUGAACAACUUCGUCGAGUCUAUGUUGGUGAAAAUGUUGGCAGAUUGUCUAAAUUCUAUCAAUGUUUAUCAGAUAAAUUAGGCAUUUCCGAUGAGAUGAUGAUGUUGAAUGUAUUUAUUGAGAAAAUUUUGACGAAUUUAAAAUAUUGGAGUAAUUGUGAAACAAUAUUACAAAGAACAUUGAAUUUAUUCUCGGAAUUAUCCAUUGGUUUUAGUGCAAUGCGUAAAUUAUUACGUUUAGAUCAUGUACAAUUUAUGCUUUUCAAUCAUACACCGGAAUUUUUUCCUUUCCUACUAUCAUCAUCAACUACCACCACCACCACUUCAACUACAACUACUGGUGUUGUAACAACACAACAAUCAUCAUCUAUUAUUUCACGAUUACGUACAACAUUUUAUGCUUCAUUGACACGUUUAUUAAUGAUUGAACUAGGUGAAAAUGAUGAACAAUUUUUAAAUUUUAUUGCACCAUUAACAAGAGUGACAAAUCAAUUAAUUAUAGGAUUAUUACUUGAAGGUUCAUCGAAUAAUUUCAAUCAAGAAUCCAUGAAAUGGUCAAUAAUCGGUUUAGCACGUGAUCUUCGUGGUAUAUCUUAUAGUUUGAAUAAUAAAACUUCAUAUCAAAUGUUAAUGAAUUGGAUUUAUCCAAAUGCUUUACAGUUGUUUCAUCGUGCAUUAGAAAUAUGGUCAUUUGAUUCAACGGUGACAGUGCCAAUAUUGAAAACAAUCACUGAAUUAUUACAUAAUCGUAAUGGACGUUUAUUAUUUGAUACAACUAUACCAACGGGUUAUUUGUUAUUUAUAUAUGUUAGUAAAAUUUUAUAUAAUUUUGGUCUUCAGUUAAUCUUUAAUACAUAUCAACAUGUACCAAAAAAUUCUCUCUAUGAAAUUAAAUUAAAACCAAUUAUGGCAACUUUGAAUUUAUUGAAAAUGUGUCUUAGUGGGAAUUUAAUUAAUUUCGGUGUAUUCAGUUUAUUUAAUGAUAAUUCAUUGGAAAAAUCUAUGGAAGUUGGUGUUCAGCUGUUGCUGUCUUUAAAUGACACGGAAUUACAUGAUCAUCCAAAAUUAGCAGCAUGUCAUUUUGGUUUAUUAGAACAAAUUUUAAAUGAACAUAUUGUAUUUAUCGCCUCGUUGGGUACACCGAUUUUAUUGCAUUUUUUAAAAACAAUCGCAAAUAAUAUUAUUUCAUUAGAUCCCGGUAUCAGUGAAGCUUGUUGUAUAUGUUUAGAUCAUUUUUCAACGCAUCUUUUUAAAAUGAUUCAACGUGAACAACGUACCAAUCGUACAAUCAAUAAUGCUAAUAAUACCAAUACUACUAAUAAUCAUAUCAGUAAUCAUGAUCAUAAUAACAACAAUAAUAAUCCUAAUAACUCAUUAUAUCUCAUCGAUAUAAACAAUUCGAAUAAUUUAUUAAAUAAAAACACCCACGAUCAUCAUAAUACCACUACUAAUAAUACUACUAAUAAUAUUAAUAGUAAUAAUGAUCUCACUGACAAUCAUCCUAUGAAAUUCGAUCUAAAAGGUACAGCUAAUUAUGCUGUCUGGUCGACACGUUCGAAUACAGCAUCAACAAAUCUAAUGAAUUUUUUAUUAUUAUUACCACCGCCUACUACUGAAUUGAAUUCACCGAGUAGUAUGUCCAAUAGUAGUGGUAGUGGUCUUCAACUAUUACAACGUAUUCUCCUUACUUUAUUAUGUACUGUUAUACAAGAAGAUUGUCGUUGUCAAUGGCAUAUGUCUAGACCAUUGUUACCAUUAAUUUUAUUAAAUCAACAAUACUAUACAGAAUUAAAAAAUCGUGUCAUUAAAGAAUUACCAGAAGAAAGACAAGAAUCUGCCAAUAAAUUAUUUGAUAAAUUAAUGGAAGAUGUGAAAUACGAUUUAACACUUAAAAAUCGUGAUACGUUUACUCAAAAUCUAUCUACCUUCAAGCAUAGCUUGGGCGAUUUCAUCAAGAAGACAAGUUCCAAACUAGGCGAUACACUUAAUCAGGCCGAAGGCAACAGUUACGAGCCAUACGUUUGCUUAGGCAGCGCCAUAGCACAAGCGGGUGAACAGUUGCUAAGUGCAUAG